CAUCCGGAUAACAGAGACAAACUUGGCUGUGAGCGGAUGAACUGGACGGAUCUUUGUUCUUUACAGUCACACUAUCAAUCUCUUUAUAUCUGUGCGAUUCUUCAUUGAUAUGCGUUAAAUCUAUAUAAAAAUUACAUAAAAUACUAGUUUCCACAGUUUGCGGUUUCAGCACAAGCUUGUACUUUUUUGUGCUAGCAUAUUUUCCACUGUUUUAGUUCAUUCUUCUCCCCACCGACGAGGUUUCAUUGGACCAAGAUAGGCGGCGCAGGCACCAAGAUGUCGAACCGGAUGGUGUGCAGAGAAGCGAGCCACGCCGGCAGCUGGUACACGGCCUCAGGAUCCCAGCUUAACGCACAACUUGAGAGCUGGUUAUCUCAAGCACAAUCUACAGUGGGUCCUGCCAGAGCCAUAAUAGCACCGCACGCUGGCUACACUUACUGCGGCGCGUGUGCCGCUCACGCCUACAAGCAGGUGGACCCAUCCAUCACUCGCAGAGUGUUCAUUCUCGGCCCCUCUCACCAUGUGCCGCUAUCUCGAUGUGCCCUCUCUCCGGCCGAGGUCUACAGAACGCCACUCUAUGAUCUGAGGAUCGAUCAGAAGGUUUAUGCUGAUCUGUGGAAAACAGGCAUGUUUGAAAAGAUGAGUCUGCAGACAGAUGAAGAUGAACACAGCAUUGAGAUGCACCUGCCUUAUACAGCUAAAGCCAUGGAGAGCCAUAAAGAUGAGUUUAGCAUCGUGCCUGUGCUGGUAGGGGCUCUGAGCGAAUCUAAAGAACAGGAAUACGGGAAGCUUCUAAGCAAAUACCUGGCCGACCCUUCCAAUCUCUUCAUCAUCUCCUCUGACUUCUGCCAUUGGGGGCAACGUUUUCGUUACACCUACUAUGACGAAAGUCAAGGAGAGAUCUACAGAUCCAUCGAGCACCUUGACAGAAUGGGAAUGGGAAUUAUAGAACAGUUGGACCCCAUGUCCUUUAGCAAUUAUUUGAAGAAAUAUCAUAAUACUAUUUGUGGUCGCCAUCCCAUCGGCGUUCUUCUAAAUGCUGUGGCAGAACUGAAAAAGAACGGCAUAGAUAUGAACUUCUCUUUCCUAAACUACGCGCAGUCGAGCCAGUGCCGAAACUGGUCGGACAGCUCGGUGAGCUAUGCUGCUGGAGCUCUUGUCGUUCAUUGAGGUGAAUUCUCCCAGGAAAAGCAGAGCCUCCCAGAAGACCCCGGAAUACUGGCCAACCUCUCACCCACCUACCGAGUUCCCAAUCAUAGAUCUUUCUCCAUCUGCUCUUACUCCCUGCCUCUUUUCUAGGGCAUACCAAGCUUGUCACAGCUGGGCUCCUCAUACAUAUCCUGGGUCCAGAUGUUAGAUUCCAACCUUCUUUCCCCUGCCAGCCAGUACUCUAUGUUUUUCAUGUAAGGCAACUUGGAUGAUGCUAUAGAUUAAAGUGCAGUCACAGCCUUGGGUGUUGCAAGGUAGUUUUUGUUUUGUUGGGGCGGGGUCUUAAUGAGGCAUCGGUAAGACUGUAAUGUAAUUUAAAAGUGAGACGUUAUGAUUCACCUCGAGUUUAAAUAAAGUUUUGACUCUUUGCAAGUCUGCUUAUAAUCUCCUACACAUCUUGUCUAAGGAUAAUGUAAUAAGAAUAAAGGAUUUAAUGUUCAUAUACACCCUGAGAAGUAUAGUAUUAGCUAUUGCAUUAUUCCUUUAGAUGCUUACUGUUGUAGUUUUUAACAAAGGGCUACACUAAACCCACUAACCCUCCACUGUACCAGAUAUACCAAAAAAAAAAUUUGUUUAGCUAAUCUUUCAUUGUAGUCUAUUCCUAUAUUUAGUUCAGAUUUAUUCUUUCAUUUUUCAUGUUAUUAUGCUUUUUUUGACAUAUAAUCACAGACUUUGUGGUACUGUACUAAAGUAAGUACAUGUUUGAUUUAAUACUUGUUCACAGGGACACAAUGCCCUCUUCCAGACUGCCUCAAAGGGGAAUGCUGAAAUCCCAUCAGCCCUGCUUUGUAACACAUAAUAGGGAAUAUUCUCAAAGUGCUACACCUUCCCUUUGUAGUAAGCAGCCAUGUCUUUAGUUAAUGAUGCACACCCACACCAGAUUUUCAGUCUCUCCCUCUCAUGGCUCCGGCAUGUUGUCUAGUUUUCCUCUCUUUCAAAGAGCACAAUGCAGCGGGAUUUCCUCGGUACCCUGAAAAGAAAACCAUCAGCGAACAGCAGAUGGAAAACAGCAAUGCACCUGUUCUUCUCCAACAAGAUUCUUAAACAGAAAACAGACAAAGCAUGUCCUACCAUGCAGAUGUGCCUUGGGUCAGUGUUAAAUGUUUUUAUUUAUCGGUCCCAAAUCCACCCCCAUCUACCCAGAGUCUAGGAAAGCUUGAUUUACUCCAUCUUUAUCUACAUCGGAUCGGUUUUCACUGUUAAUGUAGGGAGAUUCGUUCGAUUCGCCAGUUCUUACUGAGAUAAUCGCUCACAUCCUGUACUGUUAGAAUUGUUUCAAAUGUAUUUGUUAGUGCCGUAUGUUAUUAUUUUAACUUGCAUUGUUAUUAUUGCAUAAAAAAAACAGUUCACAUGUUGUCAAACCUUUGUCAGAAUUAAUUCAAGCGCUCCUUAGCGGAGUCAUUUUUCAAUCUCAGGUUACAUCGAAGCAUUACUGAAUUCUCGCCAGAUAUGACAAAAAAAAAGGUCAUGGCCGAUGUUGCAAAGAGAAAAAUAAAGUGUGACGAUAAGAGUUACAA